AAAGGAGCAGCAACCAGCGCAGCUUAUUAGUAGCCAAAGCGAGUGGCAGCGUUAAACGUUUGAUAAUUGGUGCGCAUUCCGUUAGAAGUCAUUACGUCCUACAAUGUCCUCAGUUCUACGCUUCGCUGUGAUUGUGAUUGUCGCCUUAGCACUGCUGACAGCACACACCGCAACAGCCAACAACUCCCGUCCGCCACGCAACAAUGACAUCAGCAACAUGGCCGACGCACUCAAAUAUUUGCAGGACCUCGACACAUAUUAUGGAGAUCGAGCACGAGCCAGGUUCGGUAAACGCGCGCCGUUAUUAUGGUUUUUGCGCCAACAUUUACUCGAAAAUCCCGACGUGGUUCGAGCCAUUGAAAAUCCUGCCGCUGACGAACCUUUUUAAGGCCAACACUAACGCAUAUAUAGUCACAUAUUUAAACGGCAUUGAACAUAUGGAUUCUGAGUACCCAUGCAAAGGAUUCCGUGAUGAUUAUUUUAAAAACACUGCAUCAGAAAUUAGACUUAAAACUAUUUAAAAUGCAAUAUGUGACCCAUAAUGGAGACUAGUUUCCGUCAAAUUAAUGAGUUUUUGUACAGUAUUAAUAAAAUUGCAAGUUUCAAGUAUUGCCUGCUUAAAAUAC